AUGUCACCCCCAGACCUCAAUCCUCUCAACACAACGCAAGCACCACCGAGCACUUUCCCCUUCACCUUUCGCAUCCCUCCGCGUACAGAUCUAUGGCGCAAACCACCGUCUACCUUCUCAGCCAACCAGCCCACAUUUUACACCCCAAUCACACUCAAAUCUCUUCGCUCUGCAACGGUCAAAAUCAAGGAGAUGCCCUACUCUCAGUUGUACGACCAAGCGGGGGUAGUCUUCAUAUGGGCCAAACGACCAGACGUCUGGAUUAAAUUUGGAGUCGAGUUCUAUGAAGAGCAGUUGAGGCGAUCUACUGUAGCGCCUGGGCUAGGGGGUUGGAGUGACUGGAGCGUGGGCGCCCCUGUCGAGGAUAACAAAGAUAUAGUCGUACAUGCGGAGAGGGAGAAGGAUGAAGGAUCGGCUCUGAUUGUCAAGGUCGAUGGGAUAAUUAUCAGGGAGAUUCAAGGUUUUUUCGUUCCCGAGAACGAGAAUGAGACCAUUUGGGUGGGCGUGUACGGAGCGAGGCCUGCAGAGGUCGAAGAAGACUUGGAUGUGGAAAUAGAGGAAUUCAAGGUCGAGCAGGCCUAGAAUCUGCUGGUCUAUCCGAGGGAGAAGAAGUACCGUGAAGCGAGAGAUAGGAGAGUUCAUAGUUCCCAGCUACCUCUAGGGUACAGUUGAUACUGAACGAGAACUACGGCUAGCACGACGUUGAACGAU